GCAAAAAGUUAUCCUUUCUAUAUUGUAUUUGCAUACCAAACCAAGUUCAGACUUUCAAGCAAAGCUUAUCCAAUAAUAAUAUAUCAUCACAUCAUGAGUUUGUCCGUAGUAAGAACAAGCCACAGCCUGGUAAAACCAUAUGAGAAGACUCCAUGCACCACACUGCAACUAUCGGCCAUGGACAACGUCCCCGUCCUACGAUGCAACGCUCGCACGCUUCACGUCUACAGACACGGCGGAGAGGGUGCUGCCUCCGCCAUUAGAGAAGCACUUUCGAGGGCAUUGAUUCCCUAUUACCCUCUUGCCGGACGCCUUAAGGAGUCAUCAAACCUAGCUCAACUACUCGAGGUUGACUGCUGCGGAGAAGGCGUCUGGUUUGUGGACGCAUCUGUUGACUCUACGCUUGAAGCAUUCAAUUAUUUCGAUGAUGUUGAUGCUGCUAACUACUCCGUCUCACAUGAUGAUCUUCUUCCCAACCAAGUCCAUGACAGUGUAAUAAGUGAUCAGCCACUGGUGCAAAUUCAGGUGACACGGUUUGCAUGCGAUGGAUUCGUGAUGGGGCUCAUAUUUUGUCACACCAUAUGCGACGGGCUAGGCGCUGCUCAGUUUCUCAACGCCGUGGGAGAGUUCGCCCGAGGACUUGACCGCCUCAGCGUCGAGCCCGUCUGGUGCAGAGACUUCUUCGUCACUAGCACUACUACUGCUACUACAACUACUACACCAGCACCAGCACCGUUGCCCAUGCCAAUUGUGAACUACAAACUGGAGGAAGCCCAUGUAGACAUUUCCAUGGAUCAAAUCGAAAAGCUGAAGCAACAUUUCCAACAAUCAACCGGGCACAGAUGCUCCACCUUCGAAAUCGUUGCAGCCAGCUUUUGGAGCUGUCGAACCAAAGCAAUAAUAAUAAAUAACAAUAAUAGUAGUGCUGCUAGUGAUCAUGAGGAAAUGGUUAAGUUUGUGUUCUUCGCCAACUGUCGUCAGCUCAUGCAGCCUCCAUUGCCAGAGGGGUUCUACGGAAACUGUUUCUUUCCGGUGACCAUAACAGCUUCGAAGGAGUGUGUGGCUAAAGCGUCGGUUGUUGAGGUGGUGAAAAUGAUACAACAAGGCAAGGCUAAACUAGGUGAGGAGUUUGACAAGUACAGAAAGAGUAGGAAUGGUGGAGGUGGAGGUGGAGGUGGAAUGGAGGAGGACCCGUUUAUGCAGCCUCUGAGUUACAACACGUUGUUUGUGUCAGAGUGGGGGAGACUAGGAUUCAACCAAGUGGACAUGGGGUGGGGGCCGCCGCUGCACAUAGUGCCGAUCCAAGGGUCGCCAAUCAUACCGGCUGGGAUCGUGGGGUGGCAGCCUGAGCCCAAAAGAGGCAUCCGCUUGAUGAGUUGGUGCGUGGAGGAGUCCCAUCGCCACUUCUUCCUUUCUCACAUCAUGGAGCUCUAUACCAAUUAACACUACCACUAUAUGACUCUCUUUAUAUAAAUCUAUACAUACAUACAUCCACAUUCAUGUGAGUGAAAGUGAAUCCAUUCUCUAAAAUAUAUGGUUAGUGUCCACUUGUUUGGAAUUUGGGAUAAUUGUUGUUGCUAAAGUAAAAAGAAAUUCAAAUUUGUCUUUGACCCGUUUGUUAAUUAUUUGACAAAUUAAUAAUUAAUAUAUAUGUUUCGUUGUAGUUUGGGUUUUCGGUGGUGGUACAUAUAUAUGUACUCAAAUGCUUUAAUAGUAAGACUCUUGUUUGUCAUAA